AUGGCGGAGCAGCUUGCUGAGCGCUCGCACACGUCCAAAUGCUCUAGUGCAUUUGCUUUGACAGAAGAGCUUCGGGCUAUCGCCCGAGACUUUACCGCGGGCCGCCGCUGGCCAAUGGCGCUCGCUGCCCUUGCCACGACCGUGCGAUGGUUGCUGCAGGCAGCGCGGCAAUCCGCGCCGGAGGCCCUUCAACUGCCGACUUCGUGCCGCCAAGCGGCUCUUCACGCAGCCUUGGCUUGCGUCGGGAACGCCCCGCAAUAUUACCCGCCCGGCUGGGGGCCUUGCUCCCACUGCUGGGGCUGGUUGUGUGUUGGAGUCCUCCUGGGCGGACUGUUGGUGGGAGCGUGUUGGGCGUAUGGAGUGGCACAACGGUCUGCCUCUCCUGCAUGGACGGCUGCUGCGGAAGAGAUCCUGCGCUGCGUCGCUGCCGGGGGGGAGCAGGAGUUGGCGAUGCUCGCCGAAGCGGCCGGGCAGUCGCCGGCAGAGCUUUUGUGCCGCGUCCUCCACACCGCUACUUCGACACACACGCCCGGCUUGCCGGCACCGCCUCCGCUGCGCGACGCACCGCCCAGUCGCAACCCCACUCUUUCUUGCCAGACCCGCAGCCUUUUUCUUGCGAUGCCGCAGUGCCGCACGUGCCGGUGCCGACAAGUGGAUCCAGAAGUCGGCCGUUGCAUAGCCUGCGAUGCGCUCAUCGGCUUGCAGGGGCUUGUGCACAGCUCCCGUCUGCCAGCUUCGGCGGACCGCCCGCUGACUUCACUCCUCUUAGGGGUGUUGUCGGCUGUGCGCUUUAUGGAGCAGUCAGGCCCAGACCCACCGGGCAAGGACCGCCGCAGGAAGCCGAAAGGAAAGGGCGAAGGCAAACCCGCUGGCAUGGACCGGAUCGCCGAGGUCGCGGCCAAGGCAGCCGUCGCAGCAGGGCAGGCGGGUCGGAGAGGCGUCCCACCCCGACCCGCCAACCACAGACAAGGGUCGCCCGCGGCACAAACUGCCCAGCCCCACCGGAACAGAGCUCUGGAGGCAUUACGAGGCCUCCAACUGGUUAGGGAGCCGCCACCCGCGUCGGACGCCGAAACGCUGUCAGACACACUCAGCGCCGCCACAGCAUGCGCGUCGCCGCUACCUUCCCCACGGGAUGUACCAGACGCGGCACAACGUCGACGCGCGGUCUUCCACGCGUUGGCGCAGAUGCAGCUCGCGCCAGCUUCCGCCGUGGAGACUUCUGCUGCGCAGGAUCCCGGCGAGAACAUGCAGCCCAGGUUGGCAUGCGAUGAUGGUUCCCCCACACCGUUCGCAUCGCCGGCUGCGAGCCCGCGCCAGUCCGGCCGACCCGGCGAGGCGGCACCAACUCUAGUUGAGGAAGCAACUCCAGGGUUUACUCCGCCACCCUCGCCCACAGCCUGCCCCAACACACUCCGCUGGCAAGAUGCCCGUCCACCGAGCUCCCCGCCAGGUGAUCGCAACUCGUGGCUGUUCGUGCCGUUGUUACAUGCCGCGACUGGGAACCUGAGCGAGGCAGCGUGGGCAGCGUGGCGUUCUCUGCCUCAUGAAGGAGGUGCUCGGUUCGACAACCUAGUCGAGACGCUGCGCCAAGCACGGUCGGUGGAGCCGGGCAGCCUCGUGCGGCUGCUGCACGGCGUGGUGGCUUGCGAAGCCCAAGAGAACGGCGAGGCACAACCCCGCCUACCUGCAGCGGACGCGGCUUUCGCGACGUCGUUGCAGGCACUGCCAAAUGCCCCCCUCCCUCUAGCGGCGGCGAUGCUUCUGGCGAUGGCCCCCGACGGUUACGUGUCGGCAGCUGCCCAAGCGACCUUGUUGGAAGCCUACGCUGGCGCGGCGGGGGCCGCAGAGGCCGAGACGUUCGCGGGUGACCUUCGCAUGUCCCCGCCGGCUCCCGGCCCUCGCCGCCGCCAACCCCGCCGGCGCCGACCCCGCAUGCAGCCCCAGGUUGCCACCGCAGCCGAGCACUUUCACGACAGUGACAGCACACACACGCAAGCCGCCUUGCACAAAUCGGCCAAACAAUUGGAUGAUGCUGCCGAUGCAGUUGGCAGUAUGGUGAAGCAGCUGGAGCUUCGGAAGUCGCACGUUACUCUGGUUGUGGCAAAGCUGGCCUUUGACGAUAUCAGCAAAGCGGCAGAGGCCCUUUCGGCAAGUGGGCGCUUCAGCGCGGGGCGGAGGCUUGGCGAAGCGAAGGACAUGGUUCGGCAGAUUCGAGCCGAAGGGCUGGGUCAUUUUCCGCAGAACGGCGUACUGUACACUCGCUUGCUACCACGCGAUGUUUUCGAUUCGCUGCGAAAGCAUUUGAUGCAAGCAUUUGCUGAACUCAGCUUGACGUUGGUGGACGAGGCUGGGACAGUCGCACACCUGUUGCUCGUACGUUCUCAUGCUUUCGUGCUCGUCGCUGCCCAGAUGCCGGACGAAGCAGUUGCAAGCGCGGAAGCAUCGGCAAAGUCAGGCGAUGCAGCACCAGCUGAUGCAACUGAAGUUGCAGAGGCCUCGCCGAAAGAGGGGCAGAAGAAGGAGAAGGAGUAUUUGCCCCACGUGACCCUCUUCAAGUCAUCGCAGGCAGGGCGAGGAAAGAAUGGGCAGAAGGAUUGUGAACUCCUGGCAAUGCAUCAUGUGCAAGGGGAUGGCUACUUUGAGGCACAGGCUUCCGCGAGGCUGCGAGAGAGUUCGGAGGAGGAUGCCGCGAGUCAAGGAGAGGAGGAGGACGAGGAGGAGGAGGAGGAGUUCCAGAAGCAGGCCAUGCAAAUCCUGAAGCAGAUUCCUGAGGAGGCGGACCAGAAGUCUCCGAAGAAGAGGAAAACUAAGAAGAAGCAGGCGAAGAAGACAAACCAGAAGGACUUGGACUCAGAAGAGGAACAGGCAGAUGCAGAGUCGGAAGAGAGUGAAGGAGACACGUCCGAGGAAGAGGUCAGCAGCAAGAAGAAAGCAGCGAACUUCGGCAUCAAAGUGAAAAAGAAGGCUGCCCCGGCACGACCUCCAAGCGAGAAGGAAGAGGAGGAGGAGGAGGAGGACGAGGACGAUGCUGCAGACGGUCUUGAGCAGAGCCGGGAAGAUCAGCGCAUUGAUCCUGAAGACGGUCUGGCAUACACCUGGUCAGAGUUCAGCGAAUAUUACACGGGAAAAUAUAAGAAGAAGGUGAUCGAAGCUUACUGGAACGAUUGUCACCUGGUACCGAAGAAAGAGACGGCGCUGGUUCUCCAGAAGAUGACAAAGACACUCAGAGUUUGCAAGACAGAGCUUGUUCUCGGGAAGGUGCCGCUGCCAAUGUACAUCAUGCGCUUGCACGCCGGGCUACGACAUCAGGCCCGGAUGAAAUAA